CACGUAUCACCCUUCUUACAAAACUGGGGCCAAUGAACUGUAUCCAUCUCUGGUUAUUGGCCUGCUUACGCUGCACAUGCCUCUCUUUUUAAAUCCUCUAAUAUCGACUCCCCACUGUUCAAAUCAGUAUUAGAAUUUGAGGACACCACACAGUUUUGUUUCACUCAUUUAUAAAGCACGGUGAAAAUGGAACAGUUCAUGGGUGCAUGGAAAUUAACUGCAAGCAAGAACUUUGAUGAUUACAUGAAGGCUGUAGGUAUUAGUACAGCAUCCAGGACAAUUGCUAAUUUGGCCAAGCCAAUUCUGUUAUUCAGCAUCGAUGAUCAGGGGCUCAUAUCCAUGAAAACUACAACCACAUUCAAGACAGUGGAAAUAAAAUUCCGGUUGGAUGAGGAAUUUGACGAGCUCACCGCAGAUGGCAGGCAGGCAAAGACUGUUGUGAGACUGGUGGAUGGUAAACUCAUUCAAACACAGACCUGGAAUGGCAAGAGCACAACACUUGAAAGAGAAGUUCAGGAUGGGAAGCUGAUACUUAAAUGCAUCAUGGAUGACGUGGUGUGUAUAAGGACCUAUGAGAGAGAUGAGUGACCCACGUGUACAGACCUGCUGAAAAGAUAAUAGCUGGUUCCAAAAUGGUUCCAUAAUCCAAACAGCUUCUACACACCAUGCCAAGUACUCAAUGCCCAGGAGGCAACCAAGUGGAUUUCAGCACAAUAGCCAGCUACACUUUCAAUAGCUUGUGGCUUUAAAAAAAAAAAAAAAUUGUGAAAUAACACUGGGAUCACUGUUUUAAAAGACCAAACAAGAUGUCAAUAAAAUUGAAUAAAAUAUG